CCAAGAUCCCGUUUCUCACCGCAACAUCGGCGGUGGGCACAUCGGCAGUGGGAGCCGGUGGCGGACCGUCUACGGUACCCUCGGUCGCCAUCGCUCCCGUCGUCAAGAGUGGCCCGUAUAAAUACCGUCCCCUCGCGACUGACAAGUCCGAGAUCCGGCUGCUCAAAGUCGCGACCUGCCAGACAAAAUCCGAUCUCAUCGAGUGUUAGCCUCAUCCAUGUAAAUCUUGACAACAAAGGGACGAUCCGCGCUAGCCAUCCUGACUUCAAGCCAUUCUACGAAUUCAAGGCCCUGUCGUACACGUGGGGAAAGCCCAAAUUCGACGAGUCCAUCCUAGUCGAUGGCCACGCGUUCCCCAUAACCAAGAACCUUAAGGAGGCUCUUGUGCGUCUGCGCAAGGAUCCGGACCCCGACAUAAAUCGGCCCUAUGACCUCGCUGUGCUUCCCGCGUCGUACUGGUGGGUCGACGCAAAUCGGCCCUAUGACCUCGCUGUGCCUCCCGCGUCGUACUGGUGGAUCGACGCCGUUUGCAUCAACCAGGCCGACGUCCUGGAGCGUAACGCUCAGGUGGCCAUCAUGCGACGCAUCUACCACAGCGCCUCGAUGGUCCAGGUCUGGGUCGGCGAAGAGGCAGAUGACAGCGAUACCGCUUUCAAGCUGGCCAUCGAGCUCGACAAGGGACCACCGCGGCGAGGACCGGGACUUACAACCCCGGCCCCCAUCGCUAUUAACGACGACGAGAGACGCAAGAACUGGAAGGCGUUCGCGGCCAUCUUUGCGCGGCCAUGGUGGCAGCGCGCCUGGGUCCGGCAGGAGGUC